ACAAACUUCAACACCCCCCCACCAAUUCCUCUCCUUCUCCCCCGUCCAAUUCAACCUUCGGACUCUCCAUUUCCAGUCGCCUUCCUCCGGGGGCCUGUUUCAUCGUCCUUCUGCGACACUGGCCCUUGGCCCUACCGUCUCACCACUGCUCAGGUAGCUAGAAAAAAAAUAGCUGACCGCCAUCAAAAUGCCGACUUUUAUCGUAUCCCUGUUUUUGCCCUAUACCAUCGACUUUCACGAUUUGCCACAGUCCUCUCCUCCCAGCCGUCGGCCGAGUCCUCCGCGGCGCAACGCCUCAAAACUCGAGCCUGCGGCGGAGCCGGGCGAGCAGCAUGCGAGUCUCUUCGCGCAGCCCACUCCCCCGCAAACGCCUUCUGCUACUGCGGCGCACGAAGAGUUCUUCACGCAAGAGCAACCUAGCGUCUCAACACAUUUCCCGAAACCGCACGACCCUCGCUCUCUUGUCCGCAGCGAUGCCCACGUCCCCGAAUGGGGCAGCGGUCUCUUCUUCAACCAGCCUCGUUCGCGGGCUGCUGCGCCUCCCUCGGAAGACAUUCUAAAGUACACCAAGGCUCAGGAGCUGGCGGCGGCGGCGCACCACCAGCGCAGGCCUUCCCGCCGCUCGCCGAAGCGGAUGAGCGUCAGCAGCAAUAGGAGUUCGAGCAGCUCUAGACAGCAGUGGGGCUCGGAGUGGACCGUCGAGCCGGCAGUUCAAGGUAAUGGUGGCCUUGCCAAUGCUGUGCGGGCCGCCAUCGGCGCAGGCAAGCUGCAAGACGUCUACUGGGUCGGCACUGUGGGCUUCCCCACUGAUGCCCUGGAUGACGGAAAAAAGCAUGAGAUUCACGAGAAGCUGGAGUCUGAGUUCGAUGCCCUGACUGUCUUUGUCAACGACAACGAUUUCGAUGGUCACUACACCCACUACUGCAAAACCAUCCUCUGGCCCGUCUUCCACUACCAGAUUCCUGACCACCCGAAGAGCAAGGCCUAUGAGGACCACUCUUGGAUAUACUAUGUCCACCUGAACCAGGCUUUCGCCGAUAACAUUAUCAAGAGCUACAAGCGCGGAGAUGUCAUCUGGGUCCACGACUACCAUCUGCUGCUAGUUCCCGGUAUGGUCAGGAAGAAGCUUCCCGACGCGGAGAUUGGCUUCUUCAUGCACACGGCCUUCCCGUCGUCCGAGGUAUUCCGUUGCUUGGCCGUUCGCAGGGAGCUUCUUGAGGGUAUGCUCGGUGCCAACUUGGUUGCCUUCCAGUCCCGCGAGUAUGCGCAGCAUUUCCUUCAAACCUGCAGUCGUCUGCUCAUCGUCGAAGCGACCAACGAUGGCGUGCAGUUGGAGAACCGUUUCGUCAACGUUGCAUGGCUGCCAAUCGGUAUCGACCCCAAGAGCUUGGCGCUCGUUCGCGAGGAGCCGACCGUCAAGGAGUGGAUUAAGGUCAUGCAAGAGAGGUACAAGGGCAAGAUGCUCAUUGUCGCUCGUGAUAAGUUGGACCAAGUCCGCGGUGUCAGACAAAAGCUGUUGUCUUUCGAGCUUUUCCUCAACAAGUACCCCCAGUUCCGCGAUAAGGUUGUAAUGAUCCAAGUUGCAACGUCUACGACUGAGAACUCCGAGCUUGCCAUGACCGUGUCGGAUAUUGUCACCCGCAUCGAGUCCACUCAUUCGACGCUCGCUCACCAGCCGCUGGUCUUCCUUAGGCAGGAUAUCGCGUUCUCGCAAUAUCUGGCCUUGCUUUCCGUGGCCGAUGUUCUCAUGAUCACCAGUCUUCGUGAAGGUAUGAACCUUACUGCGCACGAAUUCAUUGCUUGCCAGGAUGGCCGGGCCACCGAGAAGAAGCACGGUCCCCUUAUUCUCAGUGAAUUCACGGGCAGUACCUCCAUCUUUGGCGGGAACGAACUGGCCGUAAACCCAUGGGAUUACAAGCAGUGCGCCGAGGCCAUCAAGACUGCGCUUGAGAUGUCUCCGGAGGAGAAGGAACGCAGGUACACGAAGUUGAACAACGUCAUCAUGCACCACACCGGUGAAUACUGGUGUACAACAUUGAGCCACACCCUCGCAAAGGUUCACGAGGAGCACUUCAUGCGCGAUACGAUGUCCAUCCCUCGUCUUUCGACCUCUCAGCUGUGCGAGAAGUACAAGAAUGCCAACAGGCGCAUUUUCAUUCUUGACUACGAGGGUACCCUGGCUUCGUAUGGUUCGCCGACGAGCAUCAUCAUGACCAGCCCGCAGAGAGUCAUCGAUGCCUUGAAUGAGGUGUUGAUGGACAACAAGAACAUGGUGUAUGUCAUGAGCGGUCGCACGCCAGAGGAGCUCGAGCGCUUGUUCAGCCGCGUCCCUACCCUUGGACUGAUCGCCGAGAACGGUUGCUUCGUGCGUCCAUUUGGGACGGACCAGUGGGUCGCCUUUGCGGAUACCUCCAAGGUCGAUGAGUGGAAGGCUAGCGUCAAGGAGAUUCUGCAGUACUACAAGGACCGUGUCGAGGGCAGCUGGGUUGAGGAGCGUCACUGCUCGCUCAUCUUCCACUACGAGCAGGCAGAAGACUUCGACGCUGCUGCGACGCAGGCUGGCGAGUGCGCCACUCACAUUAACGAGGUUUGCGCUGCGCAGCACGUGCACGCUGUGCCGAUUGACAAGUGCAUCCUCGUCGAGCCGCUCGACUGGAGUAAGGGUAGCGCGGCCACCCACAUCUUCAAGAAGUACCGCGACAGAGUGGUCGAGAAGGAGGGAGACUCGCCGGCCGAGUUCCUGCUUGUCGCGGGCGACGACCGUGAGGAUGAACCCAUUUUCCGCUGGGCCAACCAGCUGGGUAAGACGGGUGUCAUUCGGGACGUCACGACGGUCAGCGUUGGUACGCGCAACACCGAAGCCAAUGCUACGCUGACUCAGGGAACUACUGGUCUGCUCUCAGUUCUGCAGAAGCUCGCAAAGCUUUCGGAGAACGAGUAAACGAAGAGGCUUUGGCCCAUCUCACGACACACUCAGCUCAGACUGACUGCAUGCGCACGACGUUUCUUUCACUUCAAUGCUGUCCUUAUACGAGUACCCCCUUUUGUGGCACGAACCCAGGUUUCCUAGCGCACACGCAUAGAGAGUUAGAAUCACACACACCCUCAAAGCUUGAGCAACACUACUCUCGCAGAGUAAUGAGUUAAGGCAGGACAUGGACAUACAAAUACACAGUGAGACUGGCGCGGAGGGACAGGCGGACGGACUAGUUACUUCCUUCACACACUUGGCUUUGUUGCUGGGCUUGGCUGGCUGCGGGUACUGGGGUUUGGCAACGUAAUUAGGUACCUGCUAGAUAUGCGCUAUGAGAUUCAUGUACGAUACGCAACGGCCGGGCAG